GUCACACUGCUCAGCAAAUCCUCUUAAACUUUCACUGGGGUUUUGUUGGGGAGGAGAGAUGCAAGAAAAAAGAUGUAACUGAUAUCUCAAUCAUUUGAGUAAUUUUUCUUAGCAGUGGCCAUAAGCAAGGAAAGGGCCUUUGUCCUAGCUUGGCUUUCAUUUCCAGCACUGCAGGAAUUGUGAUGACUGUGCCUCGGGGCAACAGAGGCACCUUAAGGAGCCCCACCUUUAAAUCCAGUGUGCUGUGACUCCAACCGUGACCCCUAGCUGCAGGGAUCCCUCAGGCCAGAUUUAAACGAGCUCCCGCAGGUCCUUCUCCAUGCCUCGCUCUUCUUCAGAAAGCGCUUGCUGAAUCGCUGCAGCUUGGCUUUCUUGGUUGUUCUGAUUUGUAUAACAGUCAAAGAAAUCGCUGGUAAAUGGUAUCGAAAUAAACGGUCAAUCGUGUGUGGCUGUUCGCAUAUGCAGAGAUGUGUGGGAAAAUUAGAUGUGACGUUUUGAGUGCUGAAUUCCACAUGGCGUGGAGAACUGGCUACAGAAUUCCUGGGAAUUCUGGAGUUCUAAACAAUUGAACGCCACUCGAUCUGAAAAGGAACUGUAGAUUUUCCUUUUCAUAUGUGACCAAAUAGACCCAGCUGUCUAUUUACCAUUGUUUCAGUCUUCUUCCUCUUCUUUUUCCUCCCGUCUCACUAUCAUUACCACUAUUAUGGAGGCCGUGAGAGACGCAAGGCAAAAGAGGCAUACAAUAUCAGGUAUUGAUCCACACCCAUCACCACACAGAGAAAAAACCUGGGUUCAGGGGCUGCACAAUUCAGACUGGACAGUGCGAUCGAUAGGAUGCUCUAUCAGCCGUUACCAUGGCAACUCACAGAGCAAGGACAGAGCCCCGCCGUUUAUUUACACCUGUCUCUUGCUUUACUCCCUGCCACCUUGUGCUGUUUAAAGUGCCAUUUAUGAAAAUGGCGAGUAUUGUUUUACUUAAUCAUAUGCAGUUUAUACUGUGCGUACGUAUUUACAUUAAAACAAUGAAAACUAAUCUUAAUUUCCAAAAUAAUAAAUCCGAUCACUAUAUUUGAGUUUCAAUUGCCACUAUUUGCCUCUCUUUGCACAAGUGUACCGCGCGGUUUACUUUGCGUUGACCCCAAUUUGCAGGUCAAGCAAACAUGUUCAAUGCUGUGGCCGUUAACUUGAUGAGGUCAUAAAAGAGCGAGCUAAAGCCUUUUUCAAUGAGUGAACAAAACAGCAACAAAGAGAGGAUCAGCGGACAACUUAACCAAUACAACUUACAAGAAAUCCUCUUAUCUACAUGAAUAUGGAUUGCGUUAAAAAAACUUAACAUGUGGAAAAACCACGAAAGUACAUGCACAAGUGUUUUUUAAGUCACGUCACAUCAAAUUGAUAUAUAAUGAAGUACAAUUAACCUGGGCACGUUAGCACCUCUUAAAAGCUCUUAAAAAGAUUUAUAUCUUUAAAAAAGCCCUGCUCCAUUUAAAGAUAGUGUGUGUGUAUGAGAGAGAAAGAGAGAGAGAGAGUCAGAGAUGCAAAGGCUUUAGUUUAGUAAGGUUGUGUGUUUUAAACUGCAACAAAAAGACCAAGAUCUUUCACCUCCUCAGUGUUUGUAUCUGUCUAAAUGUGUAAGCAUUGCUGAGUACGUUUUGAACUCCUUAUACCAGCGCUAAGAAUCGAGGUGAGCCCCAUAACCUUGCACACAUACACAGCACUGACGGUCGGUGCUCUCCCUACCCCCUUCAAUCAAUGGUAGUUUCAUGUGGCCUCCGAGCCCUGCAGUGACGUGUACAUGUGUGUGCGCGAGUGACCUAUUGAUUUAUCGACUGUCUGGCUCAGUCCGACCCACGGUACUGGACAGCCUGAAGCUGUGGAGCAUUGGACCUGUGCAAGCCCUACAGUUGCUGGGGUCUGUACAAACUGCUUUAACUGUAGCAGUACGCACUAUUAGUGUUACGGUAUAGCUGCAAUGUUAAGCGGCAUAGGUUUGAUCUCGGCACACCGGCAUAAAUCUAUUAAGAGUCGGGUGAUAGACUUUGUCAGUGUGCUUGCAUAUUAAAGGUAAAUGCUUUUUAGGGAACACACAUAUUGAUAAAUGUAAACACUGAAUGCACUGUAAGUUUUCAAAAGCAUUAAGUAUAAAUGUAAGCCACUAUCCCAUAAUGUGGGCUCUGUGUGCACCAGGACCAUUUUCUUUCUUAUAUCCACAUCCAACCUCAAGCUCCACACCUUCACUCGCAUGUAUACAUACACACUAAGACACCCCCCCGAGAAGGGUAAAGAGUGGCGAGUGUCCAGCUGUCCUCCACCCCACCCCAUUCCCUGUCUUUUCACCGGUCAGUGUAGGCAGAUUGAGGGGGCCUAAGGGUGUGCGCGUGUGUUAGGGGAGGUACCAUUAGCACAGAACUGGUAGCAGCUGGCCUGAAAGAAGGGAUUUAGUGUCACUGACCUGGCCAUAGUGUCCAGCUGAGGGUCACUCAUCUGCCCUCCUUCGGGCACGUGCUGACCAGCCAUCUGUGUGUGCGUGUGUACAGAGCUGCCUCUUCUAUAGGAUUUCAUCAAUGGAGCGACAGUUGCUUGAUCUUUGAGCAUUUCUGUGACAGAUGAAGCAGCUGGCCUGUUUGCACACAUAAAACGUUUUAUUUUUUACAGGAACGCCAUUAGAGGUUGUAUUAUGUCAUCCGAUCACAAUUAAGCCCCGAUAUGCCAGAAAUUAUGAUUCAACUCCUCUGGGAUGAUGUCAUGCUGAAUGAGUGAAUUUCGAUGUCCCUUCACUGGUCCUUUUUUCCCUCUAUAUGUGGGGUGCUGCAGGUCCUGAUCAUGAUGGCACAGAUUAAACACUGCAUCUGCAGACACCCAUCCAUUCUUUUCAUCUCUUCCACGCUUCUAUUCUUCCACCCCCCUUUUGCCAUAACCCUGACGUGCUGCCUCGAACUGUUUAAGGUGAUUGGAUCGUGCCCAUCCUCCAUUUUUGGUCAGCUGGGGUCAGAGGUCGGUGACCUUUGCCUGAUUGGACGAAAUGGAAUGGUCAUCGUUGCCCUUUGUUGUCAUUCAAGGGAUAACAAAGGAAGAGAUUUCACCGUCAAAAGUGUGCACGUGCACAGAAGUAUGUAAUUUAUUUAUCCCGCGAACGCUAACGUGCUACGUUUUUGUGCUGGGGCGCUCAUUGUACCGCUGUGCUUUUUUGCACGUUCAACCACACCCGUCGAGAGUCGCAUGUGUGUAAGCACAUGCACAGAUGCCUUUUUAGUGUACAUAAAUAUUAUUUUUGCAGAUCACUGUAAUUCUGAGAAUAUAGAUUUACGUAUAUUGGAGUGUGUGCAAUAUCUGUGAUAGCCUCUGGUCUUUGACCUCUGACUAGUAGGCCGCCGUUGCUAGGUGACUGGUGCCUUUCUGACUGAGGUUUGGGUUGUGGGGUGACAGUCUAAAGGAGGGGGUCAGGGGACAGUGGUCACUCUAAACCUCCCGAGGGACACCCACACACACGCCACACUCGGAGAGAGCUGUGAGCUGAAACACAAGCUCGCAUCAGUGCCAGAAAUGUGAUAGGGCCAUAUCAGAGAUUUCUGGUAUAUGGCAUUUAGGUUUUUUCAAGUAGUCAUUAAUAAUUCUAAGCACAUAAAUGCGAAUGAAGCAACAGCGUAUGUUUUAAAAUUAAUAGACGUUCCUUGAAAACCACCUUAAAACGAGCAUGCUUGGGAAAUAUACAGGAUAGUUUUUGAUCUGUCAAAAAUCACAUCAUAGCAUGCAAACAGCUAUAGUGGUGGUGUUGAUGCAAAAAUAAGAAGCAACGAUAAAAGGCAAGACUGCAGGUCUGUAGACUAUCAGCUUUAAAAGGCCACUCAGUGUUUGUGUGUGUGUUUAAUGUUUUUCCACCAACGCUUUCAUCUGUGUGGGAAUUCUCUUUAUCCUCUGCCAUUUUUCCUUUUCCUCCUUGUUGGAUGGAAGGGCAUUUGUAUUAGAAGACCUUAGCCUACAGCGAGCAACACACAUAUAUUCACUAAAAGAUAUUUUUACUCUGGGUGUUGAUGUUGGAAUACAAAGUAUGACUAUGUGCUUUGAAACCAGAAAACAAAUCAUCCCCUUCUGUUUGCAGUGAACUGAAAUGUAAUAAAUGAAACUCUCAAAACUUAAAGACCUUUUAUGAAAUAAUGUUUCUGAUAUUCUCCUAGCAGCAUACUGGCAUUGAGAGGCAUGAAUGUUUUGGAAAAUAACUAAACACAUUUAAAUAGCACUGUAUCGUAUUGUUAAAUUGGUCUUUUUUUCUGGAUGUAAUAUUUUAGCUUUUUACUCAUAGCUUUCACUUAAAUGUGUAUGUGUGUGUGUGUGUGUCAAAGAGAGAGGGGAGGGAGACUGAGAUGGUAUCAAUCGCCAGGCCAUUGAACGUAUUGAUUAGUUACCUUUCUUAUUAACAUGCUGAUUAAAAAGAGCAGGAACAGAAACAGAGCCGAGCCACACACACACUGAGACGGGGAAGACACCACAUCGCCGGAUAGGAAAGAAGCAAUGAAAAGAGGAAAAAUCGUAUGGAUUAAGUAAGGGAUACAAGGACAUGGAGGGAUUCACAAAAUGGAGAAAAGCGGUGGGAUUUCUAUGGUUUGGAGAACACUGACUGAUGAUUAAAAGAAGAUAAGACGGAGGUUGUGGACCAUAACACCCGCAGAGAAAAGGAAAAGAGAGAACGAGAGGGAGAGGGGGAAAAUUAAAAAAGAGAGAGGGGCAGGGAAAAGGAUGCUAGCCGACUGCAUGGCAAACCCUCCACCCACCCACAGAGCUUCUGUUAGACUGGAUAUGCCAUUGCCAAGGCUAUUAUAAACACAUAAACAAUGCUGUGAGACCUCUCAUACACAGAUGUGUUUAAAGAUGUGUGACUGUUUUGCAUGAACCAAAAGAGCAGAUGAUUGUGUUUGCAUAGAUGUGUAUUUAAUUUGUUCAUUUUCAUUAUUGCAUGCAAGUAGUGCACUGGUGUUGUUGUGUGCUUUAUAAUUAAACAUAAAUAGGCAGAAACAUCAGCCAUUUCAAGUGCUUGUAUGUUUGUUAUUUUGUCCAUAAUUCAUAAUUUUAGCACUGCUUUAGGUUGGAAUUGGAUGCUGCAGUAUAGUUGUUUUGACGUCUGAAGUCAUCAUUUGAUUUAAAAAAGGCCUCACAGCUUUUUUAAGACUAGUAUUUUUAAAAUCAUUUGUUUUAUAAAGAUUAUACAAAUUAUUAAAAAACAUAUUUAUAUAUAAUUACUAUUAAAAAAAAUAUAUUUUUGUUAUUUGCGAAUUUAUCUGAAUUGCAACAUCUCGUUUGUUUAACUUCGAUAAAAUUUUGUCAUCAGAAAUUUAUGUUGUACUGUCAAAUUUAAUUAGCUUUAGACAAAUUUCACCGCUCUGUAUUGUAUGUAAUAUGUUGAAAUAAUUGCUAUGAUUACUAAUUUAUAUGAAACGUAGCUUAUAGUACUACAUACAUGGACAGAUAUUAGACUAAGAUUGCUAAUAAUUCACAAUGGUAAUGGUAGAUUGCCAUCAUGCAUGUUGGCAGCACGCCCACGUUUUCCAAUCAAUAAACAGAAGCAAAUAGACGGGCGCGCGCCUGUUUGAAUGCGGUUGAACAGUUGCUGUGGCAAAGAGGUUAAAUCGUAAAAUCAUAGGAAAGAUUUUCCUUUAACACUAUACGGCUGAGUUUGAGAAAGCGACUGCAUGGUGAAACGUUACUGAAUGCUGUAAAUGAUCAUGACCUUGACAGUAGGCCUAAUCCACCAGAUUCCCAGAGUACAGUGUUGUUUUAAUAUUUGUGAAUUAUUAGGAUUGCUCUGAAACACUUAUCUUUAUAUACAUAACUUUAUAUAAAAAUACAUUGAUGUAUGUCUAUAUUUAUAUAUAAUUUGAGAAAUCUGGAUUUUUGUGAAAAUUAUUAUUAUGAUUAUUUUACACUAAACAGCAUAAUUCUUAAUCUUUAUAUGUGGGUUAUAUGAAGGGCAUUUAAACUAAUUUAGCAAAUUAUUUUUAUUGUUAUAUAAUAACGCAAUGAUAAGUUCAACAGAUAUAAACAGCUCCAUACGAAUACGUUACACGAUUAUGUACUUCGAUUGGCCUAUAUAGGUUCUAAUUUAAGAUGCAUUUACACAGACUUUGUUAUAAUUUCAGUGCAAAAAUUUGAUGAUGAUUUGAAAAAUAUUUAGCACCUGUUCUUAAAAAGAACUCCUUGGAUUUAAGCCCAAAACUUUUAACGCCAAAAAUAACAAGACGUUUAAAGAGCAGGACACCGAGGUUCCCGAGUUACUCAUAUUAAUAAAUAGGUUGCUUUAUGUUAUUUUAACAUACUUUAUCAGAAAAUAAAAUGUAAAAAAUAAAUUAGAUAAAAAAACUACAAUAGGAAAAACGUAUAGUCUACUUGUAUUUUUAACAUGGUUUAUUAAAUAGCCUAAUUUUGCACUAGAGCAUUGUAUCGUAUACAGUAUUGAGUACAGUCAGGUACAUGUUUUAUUUUGAUGUGAUUUUCUUUAGUUUUUCAUGGGCCUGCUCUCUGAGAGGUUCGGCCAUGUUAAUUGAGUUAUUGACUUUCCUUAUCGAUCGACUUCUUUUUAUUAUUCACCAAGCGUUCUAUUAUUUUUGGACGAAAUUAAUUUGUUUUAAAUUCUUUAUUUUUUCAGAUUAGAAUGGGAUUUAGGCGGUGGGGUAUAUUAUUUCUAGUGAAACUAGAGUUCCAAAAACCAAAAUAUACAAAUUGAUACAAAAUAUAAACACUAAAAUAGGAGGAAAAACAAACUAAUCGCUAUUAAAAAAAAACAGCAAGCAUAACAUUGUAAAUAAAUAAUAAACAGCGGGGCUCAUAGUUGUACCGGCAAAAACAUUUUUUUAAAUAAAUAGAUACAUUUUCUUAGGAGAGGUAAAAUAAUUGUAGGUCAACAGUAGCCAAAACUAUGCUUUGUUGUUUAGUUUUUAUGAACAUUAUUUUCGUUAUUUAUCGCAUUUUUUUCAUUUCACAACAUGUUUUGAAAGACGCAUCAGUGUGGUGUAGCAGAUUUAUUUACAGUUGUUUUUAUUUUGUUAUAUUAGGCUACUAAGGGCUAAAUAAAUAUACAUACAUGCUAAAUAAUUUUAUAGGCUAUGAUAAAGCUACAGCCAUCUCCGAAAUAAAGGAUAAACCUGAAUACACAAAAAAUAGGUUCAGUGAGGCUAUUUUACAACCAAUACACUAAACAAUUCAUUUAUAAAACAAUAUAAUUCAAUACAUUUUUGUAACACUACAAGGCCCACUGAACUGUAAUUUUCUAUAAAUUUUCCUAUGAAUAUUUUUUAGAUAAUUAUAAUUAUAACAGUUUAUCAAAAUAUUUUUUUUAAUUACUUUUGUUUGCUGCAUUAAAACUUCAUUCUUAUGUCCAGACAUUGUGGUUUUUAAAACCACACAAAUAAGAUAUUUUGUUUGUAAAUGUUAUCUCCGUCUUUUUUGGGGGCUCAUCGGUUAGCCAAAAAUCUCAAAAUAAUGCAAUAAGUUCUGGCUAUACUAUAUAGCAAUGACAUUUUACAUUUAUAUUGGCUGGGAUUAUGAUCGUUAUGAUCCUUAUGGUUAUUUGGUGAGCCUAAAAUUAUUUGGCUUUAAAAUAAUUUAAAGAUUUAGAUUUAUUGCAAAUUAUACAUCAUUAUUUCUUUUCAAAAGUUAAUGUUAUUUCAUUUUAAGUUCCAUACGCUCAGAAAACAUAAAACGUAUUUUAUUAAUGAUAUGUUAUCAAUAAUAGGCUUAUUAACACUGUAUGUCGAACCUCAGAGUCAACAUAUACAAUGAUAAAGAGUUAAAAUCAGUAAGAAUUUUAUUACAAUACAGUAAUCACACAAUCUCAGAAUCUGUCUAUUUGGCUGUGUGCAUUUAGUUUAAUGUACGUGUUAACCUGCAGGCCUCUUGAUACACGCCACUCGGGAGGAUUACGUGGCUCGACCAAAGGCUCAAAGAACUCAAUAGACAGGUAUAAAUAAUUUACUAACUCGCUAGCCGCUGUUUUGAUUUCCACGGCUUGUUUUGAACAGUGUUUGAUCAUUGAUAUGUGUCACAGACAAAUAGAAGAGAACAAGACGAGAAAAGCCCAUUCUGACAUGCUUUACAAGUUGUUGGACUGCUCACAGAAAAGCUCUAACUUAGGCAAAUGUAAGUCAACACGAAUGUGAGAUCAAAAACAUAAUAAGAGUGAAACUACAAGCAGCUUCCCAAAGACUGUGACACUGAAAUCAUAUUUACAUUUAUGCAUUUGGCAAACGCCUUUAUUCAAAGCAACUGACUGUGCAUUCAAGGUAUACAGUUUUCGUUUUGUGUGUUUCCUGGAUAUCGAACCAAUGAGCUUUGUGCUGAUAAGGUGAUGCUCUACCAAUAGAGAAACUCCAUUCAGGGUCAUUUCACGAUUAUGAUAAUUCUGAGUUUUGUUAUACUUAUUAUUUAUUUUUUUGUAUUUUAUUGUUGCUUUUGUUAUGCUUUUAUUUUUGACGUUGUGUGAAAUUAAAUGCCAUUUGUUUGGUUUAACUGUCAAAUAAAUUAAACGGUUUUGAAGAAACGUUUUUUUCUUCAGAAUCUGAAAAGAUGUGAAGGUUUCCCCUCUCGAUUUAAGUCUUUUUAUUUGAGUGUUGUCUUCUUCAGUCGAGCUCUCCAUCCGCAGUGAGUGAACUUUCACCUCGACCCUCAAACAGACCUUUUUUUUUGCGGUAAGAGCUGACCAUUUUACCUCCAGUCACACAAACUACACACACACACACACACUGACACACACCUCCCUCCCCCAGCCCUGCACGGCGCGGAUCGAUAGUGUAGCAUCUGCUGCUGGAAGACAGCGGUCCCACAUCGCACUGGAAAAUUUUUCAAGCGGUAGAAUUGCUCGUCUCUAAAAAUUAAGCUGACAGAUAGAUAUGAUUAAUAUUCCGUGUUUCACACACCGAAUCCACUCCCGUCUUUCUUUCUCCCUGUGUACCUCCCUCUCUCUGACACAUUAAACGACACUGUUUUAAAAAGGAAAAUUACAAAAGUGUAUUUUUAUCGUUUAUUAGGUCGUGCGUUUUAAGCAAGGUCGCAUAAAGAGGGUCAUAGGUGCGCGCUGGAGAGGACAAGCAUAUUGAUCUCGUUUAGCACUUCUGUGAUUGAGGAGGAAACUCUUAUGUUAAUUGUCCACUACACUGUAAGCUGACAACUGAUAAGAACCUCUCUCUGUCAAUGCGCGGUUCUGGCUUCAGUUAAUUGCUUUUAUCUUGGGAAAAUAAAAAUGUAGUUACUACUAAAUUAAUGCUUUGGCUUUCUAAUGGGAAUAAACUGAGCUAUAUAUUAUUUCCAGUGCAUUUUCAGCUAUCACCAAAGUUUAAUCCUGAUAAAUGGCCACAUAGGCUAAAAUAAGACAAAAAUACAGGACAGGAAAUUUCUUGAAUUCUACAUUUCAUAUACAAAAAAGAUUCUCAAAGCUAUUUGGGAAUUGAAAAGGACAUAAUGCAUAAUGAUGAUGAAAUUAUCGCAUCAAAAAUACACCCAAAAGGAAAGAAGACCUGACAUAACAACAAAUCCUGAAUUUGGAUACAUUGUUUUUGUGAGUCUCAUCUCACUUGCCCCACCUAAGACAAUGGCCACUUGAGGUCCGCAGGAGGGAAGGAGUUAACGAGGGUUGUAAAUUCACCCCACAUCUGUCAGAUUUUAAGAGUGUGACGUACAGAGAGGGGGAGCUGGGGGACGAGAGAGAGGAGAGAAAGAGUUGGGGCCGAGAUCGAUGAGGAUACAGAAGGAGGAGAAGGGCAAAACCACAGAGAUAAUGACAGCGACGGCGCGCGAUGUUUAGACACAGAUCGGCGCUCAUUUUUGACACGGUUACAGCAUAGCAAAGUCCGGACUGAUCGGAUCUGUGCACGCGAGCACUGCACGGCCUUUCGCGUCAGUUCGGUUGCGCAUCCACGUCCAGCGAGAGACUGGCGGAUAACGCGGGAGUGACGGAGGACGGAGCGGACCCAUCCAUCGCUUUCCACUGAAAUGUGCUGAUGACCCAAAAGGCACUGUUACCCAAAAUCGAUUGUAAAAUUGGGAUUUCUGCAGGUGUGAGAGUAACCCAUCCCAUUAUCGGCUUUUGAUUGUGUUUUGGGGAGGGUGCACGGUUGUUCGCUUUUGGUCAUCCCCGGUCGUAUACGCUGUGAGUGUCAGUCUUCAAGCAAAAAUAACAACAAGGGCAUAAAUACAGAUGAAUUUAUGGAGCACAGAAUGUGUUUAUUUGACCCAAAAUGGUUACCAUUGUGAUGAAUUGUCUCUGAAAUUACACUGUAGUCAUAAUUAAAAUCUAAAUCGCUCAAUUUCAACACACAGGAUUUGAUUUUCAUAUAAAAUAACAAAAAUCACACUCUAGACAAUUAUAAAAACAACACAUAGAAGAAUUUUUGGGUCUGGAGAAGGGGAGUGAGGAAGUCCUUCAGUGCUAAAGACAUGGAUGCUAAUAUGGGUGAGAUGUCUGUACACAGCCACGUGGAGCUGGCACACAGUCAGGACAGCCGUGCCAUCCUUCACUCUCGGGAUCUCACGGCUGCCUUUCCUCGUCCCUCUCUCGGAGGCUCUUCCAUGGGCCUGGAGUCUGAGCAUCAGAGCACCGGGUACGAACACAGCAUGACAACACUGGGCUACGGUAGGGAUGCCCCGACCAGCUGUGGUAGCACCUAUACCACCCUGACGCCCCUUCAGCCCUUCGAUGACAAAUUUCACCAUCACCACCACCAUCCCUGCCUGCCCGUCAGCAACGUCAUUGGCAGCUUCACUCUCAUGCGAGAAGAUCGAGGUCUGCCGGGAAACUACUACACUUCAUACGGAAAAGACUUUGGUUUAGGACAAGGCCUGUCUCCACCGCUGGGCAGUGCAGGCCUGGAGACGGCAAUGCAUGGCUAUGGCAGCCUGGCGAGUCAGAACGGACACAGUAGCCAGAUGCUCACAGGUGGCCACGAUGUCCAUAUGGCCAGCAAUGGGGGUAACAUGUGUCGAACAGCAGCAGACUUUGGGAGGGAGAUGUCACCACCCUCUUUAGGGGGCGAGCAUGGGGUCAGCCACCAGCUUAACAAAAUGGACGUCCAUCAGCACACUCCCACCUACCACCAUCAUAUAUACAACCAGAGUUAUCAGCACCAUCUCGCCAGCCAACAGGCCUCCAAGCUCGGGGAGCUCCCCUCUCUCUCUCCUUCCUCCGCUUCCUCCAGCCUGGGAAGGGAGGGCAUGCUGCCCGGCUCUCAGAAUAGCGGCGCAGGAGAGGAGAUCAACACGAAAGAUGUGGCUCAGAGAAUCAUCACCGAAUUGAAGAGGUACAGCAUCCCACAAGCCAUUUUCGCAGAGAGAGUUCUGUGCAGGUCUCAGGGCACUCUGUCAGACCUGCUCAGGAACCCCAAACCGUGGGGCAAACUCAAGUCUGGACGUGAGACCUUCAAGAGGAUGUCCCGCUGGCUACAGGAGCCAGAAUUUCAGAGGAUGGCCUCUUUACGCCUGGAAGCUUGUAAGCGCAAGGAGCAGGAGCAGUCUAAACUAGAAAGGAACCAGGGCCCCAAGCGUACCCGUCUGGUCUUCACAGACCUGCAACGUCGCACUCUCACGGCCAUUUUCAGAGAGAAUCACAGACCUACCAAAGACCUGCAGAUCACCAUCUCCCAGCAGCUGGGCCUCGAGCUCUCCACCGUGAGCAACUUCUUCAUGAACGCUCGUCGCAGGAACGUCAACCGCUGGAGCGAAGAGGGCCGUCCGUCCUCCACCGGCUCAUCGGGAUCCAGCAGCGCAUCUCCAGCUGUGACCUGCUCCACAGCGUGAUGCAUUUCUGCUCUGAACGGCACAGGCUCACCACCUGUAGCUGAAAGAGUUUGAGAUUUUAAAUCAAGGGUGUUUUUAUAUGGAAAUCAACAGCAGAUGAAACCAAAGAUGAAGUCUUUACGAGGGUAAUGUCCAAAAUAGAAAAGACUGAUUGUAGUUUUAGUGCUGAUUAUUUUAGCCGUAAUCGCAAAGGACUAACGCCCAACACAUCAGGGCUUCUGAAAAUAAUCAUUCACAGGUUAACAUAUUGAGUUUCUGUGAAAGUUUAUUGAAAGGUAUUUAAUUGGUUAAUUUAUUGUUUCAUAAUC